AUGGGUGCAGAUCUCACUAUCACCGGAUCUCUCGUCUACAUUCUGGGUCACUUCCGCACGGGAUUCAAGAAAACUGACGCUAGACUCGAUCUCCUCAUCGCAUAUGCCCUCAGCACAGGCCUCGUUACUUGCCUGUUUCAUGUCUUGAACGUCAUAGCGUCGGCUGUGUGGCAACGUAACCUCAUAUGGAUGGUGCCCACCUCCGUCCUGUUCAAAUUAUACGCGAACAAUUUCCUCGUGGCCUUGAAUUCCCGCAAGGCCCUUGGAAUCAUGGGAGACGAGGAUGAGAGAACCUCACACUCGUCCCAUAAUCAACAUAACAUGGGCAAGACAGCGGACUCCAGUCGGAACGGAGGCAUUGAUGGUCGCGCAGCACAAACCGCCCCAGUGCAGCUCAGAAUCAUGCAGCAUACCACCUCGGAGACACACAUGGACUCGGUUGAUCUGGAGACCAAGAGCAAGGGGUCACCCGACGAUGUGGUGCACAUUGUAUGA